CGUCUCCUUCCUCGCACACAAGGUUUCACAGAGCAAACGGAAAGCUCCAUUGAAGCACAUACAGAAACAUCGUAAAGUAGGAAGCAAAAAUAUAUAUAACCUCAAGAAUUCAAAAUGGGUGCUUUGGUGAAGCUUGUUGACGCCACACUCUUCGUCUUCUUCGUCGUAAUUGCGCUUGCAGCGCCCUUAAUCGACGCGCAGACAUGCCUGCCUCAGAGCCUCUUCCCAAGCGUGUUGGUUGAGCUCAAGAGCUGGUACGCGCGCCAAUAUGGCGAUUAUCUCGUGGCCCAGAAGCCCCAUUUCUUUGUUGGGAUCGUUUGGCUCGAGCUGCUCUUUCAGUGGCCUCUUUCAAUUGCCAACCUGUACGGAAUUUUGGCUGCCAAGUCUUGGUUCAACACCACCUGCUUGAUCUAUGGCGUUUCUGUGUUCACCUCCAUGGUUAUUAUAUUAUCAGAACUGGUUCAGUCCGGCAAGGCUUCUGAUAAGCUGUUGUAUAUGUACUUCCCUUUUCUGGGGUUAGGUGUUUUGGCCAUACUGCGUGGGCUGCUGCCACCAUCCAGCACAACUAGUUCGAGGAUUGGCAAGAGACCUACAUUGGGUAGGAAAAAGAAGGCUUGAGAUACAACUGACUGACUGACUGAGAUUUUGUAAGUGUGUGUUAUAUUUGUCACUUUAUGACAUCAAGUCCACAAUGUAUCGGUGAAACUCUUCUAAUGGAUGAUUGGAAGGUUUUGACAAUUGUGUUUCAGUUUAGUGCAUGCUUGAUGUUCACCUCUUUAGUGAUUGUAUGUGAAUACUCUGGUGAGUUUCUCCCUUCAUCUCUUACUUCAACAAAGAGGUCAGAGUGUUUAUUAGACAUUGCUGGUUUUACCUUCUGUUGGGAAUAUCUCUGUUCUGCGCAUAUUUUUGUUUGAGCUGGCUGCUUGCUGCUGCUGCUCUCUUGUUAGUAAUUUAUCAAAUUUUGGGGGUGAGGUAAAAUAGAGAUAUAACAUAUAACUAUCUCUUAAUGACGUCUUAAAUCUCGUAUCCAGAUUGAUUUCAUACUUGUAUACCAAGGAGGAUUAACUUAGGAACUCUUUGUCAGUAGUGGACGUGCCCUGCUGCUGUGAUUAUGAAGGAGCUUUAUGUAAGAGUUUUCUUGGUGACCUGAAGUAUCCAUGUCUUGAAGGGGACCUGUUUUUAACAUGCUUGUUAAAAGCAGGUGAAAAGUUCAUGUCCAACAUGGUUAAAAGUUUUCAAUUUGAAUGACUUUCACUUUUACUUGCAAGAUAGCAAGUGCAGAAAGGACAUCAUUUGAUGAGAAUAUUAAUUGCAACCA